AUGCCUGAGAACAAGAGGAUAUGUUUGGCCUACAGCGGUGGCCUGGACACCACGUGUAUCCUCCAAUGGCUCAUUGAAAAGGGUUUCGAGGUCGUCUGCUUCAUUGCAAACGUUGGGCAAGAAGAAGACUUUGAGGCGGCUAAGGAGAAGAGCUUGAAGAUUGGCGCAAAAGCAUGCUAUGUUGAAGAUGUGAGGGAUGAGUUUGUCAAGGAACUCUGCUUCCCGGCCAUCCAAUGCAACGCUAGCUACGAGAACGUUUACCUUUUGGGAACCUCGCUCGCUCGUCCUGUUAUCGCUCGUGCGCAGAUCGCUGUUGCGAAAAAGGAAGGCUGUCAAUAUGUCAGCCAUGGAUGCACUGGAAAAGGAAACGACCAAGUCCGCUUCGAGCUUGCCUUCUACGCACUAGACCCUACGAUCCAGGUGGUGGCGCCAUGGCGGAUACCCGAGUUCUACGAGACGUUCAAGGGACGCAGCGACCUGUUGGACUAUGCAGCAAAGAAGGGCAUCCCCGUGACCUCGACCAAGUCGAAACCAUGGUCCAUGGAUGAGAACCUUGCUCACUGCAGCUACGAGGCCGGCAUUCUCGAGGAUCCCAACACCACCCCACCCAGCGACAUGUGGAAGUUGACCAAAGACCCGGUCCUCUCCGCGGCCAACGAGCCAGAAGACAUCACGAUUGAAUUCGAGAAGGGUCUGCCAGUGAAGCUGACCUCGCCGUCGACUGGGACAGAAACCGAGCCGACCAAGCUGUUUCUGGCAGCCAACGCCCUUGCUCGCAAACACGGUAUCGGCCGGAUUGAUAUCGUCGAAAACCGCUUCAUUGGCUUGAAAUCCCGAGGCUGUUAUGAAACCCCCGGUCUCACCAUCCUUCGCAACGCCCACAUCGACAUUGAAGGCCUCACGCUGGACCGUGAGGUCCGCGCCCUCCGUGACCAAUUUGUUACUUUCAACUGGAGCAAGAUCCUCUACAACGGCCUCUACUUCUCGCCCGAGCGCGAAUUCCUCCAGGCCAGCAUCGUCGAGUCCCAGAAGAGCGUCAACGGUCAAGUCCGGAUGCGUCUCUACAAGGGCAACUGCAUCAUCUUGGGCCGCAGCUCCCAGACCGAGAAGCUGUACGAUGAGAGCGAAAGCUCCAUGGACGAGAUCGGUUCUUUCGAGCCUUCCGAGACCGGUGGCUUCAUCAAGGUCCAGGCCAUCCGGUUGAAGAAGUAUGGUGAGAUGAAGGCCGAGAAGGGUGAGCGGUUGUAA